GUGUCAGACUUACGUCAGUAGUGUCAAAAUGAUCGCCGAAGAAAGCGAUCUAAAUAGAUAAUUAAAACAUUUUCCAAUGAUUCCUCUCAAUCGUAGUGCCUUUUUAAACAUAAUGCCAGCAAACUAAUAAUAUGGAGAACGACACUGCGGGGUUUACCCUGCCCCCUGCGCCGGGGGGUUUGUGCUUCGAUCGAAACGAUUUCGUCAAGACAAAUUUUUCCGUGGAUAACUUCCUCGCGGACCACCAGAAUGUCUCUUCUCUGGAGACUAUGCGAGAUGAUUUGGGCGCUUAUUUAAAGGUGCUAAGGCUGGCGAUGAUAGAGUUAAUUAACAAGGACUACGCUAAUUUCGUCAAUUUGUCGGCGACGCUCAUCGGUUUCGACAAAGCCAUCACGAAAAUUCAGACGCCUCUGACGCAACUCAAUGGGGAAGUUUUGGGUGUAAAACAAUGCCUAGAUGAUGCCAUGAAAGAGUUAUCAAUGUGGCUCAACCAAAGACAUGGUCUACAGAAGAAAAAACAACUCUUAAGAUACUACAGUCAAACUAUCAACAGUUUGUCCACCUUGGAUAAUAUUUUACAAGAUUUUCCCAAUAAGAAAAAUCAUGAACAGAUAGCAUUAGCUGACCGAGCAGCUAUGCAGUACAACCAAUUGAAAUUUACCAUCUCCAAAUGUGACAGUUUAAUCAAAUCCGAUCAGAAAACACAAUUCAACAAUAUUGGAGAAAAACUAAUACAACAUUUAAAUGAUCUUUUAUUCCAAUUCUGGAAUGAUAGUGAUGAAAAUAACAUGCUUAAAGCAUUAUUAACACUGGCAUCUUUAGGUAGAGUUACAGAAACAGAAAUGCUCGUAAGAAAGCAGGCCAUAGCUCCUUUACUGCAGGACAUUAUAAGUGAGCCAGCGCUACAACGGAGCAAAGACGGUCUCCAAGGAGUUUACGAAAGAAUUCUAGCUUUACUAGAUACAAAACUUAAGCUUCUACACUCUGUAAUGGAACAUUCCAAGAUGUCUUUCCUCGUUAAGCAGUAUAGAUUCUUAGUCAAUUGUUUUUGGUGCGAGGUGGAGAGUCGGCUGGAAGUUAAUUUGGCUUCUAUAUUUGCGCCUGGCAACCCCAAGAUAUUCUACAGGAGGUAUAAUGAGAGUGUUCAGUUUGUGAGGAAGCUGGAGAAGUACUGCGGAGACCAGGACAUGGUGCGGCUGCUGCAUAAGACAGCGGAGUAUAAGAGCUUUCAGAAGAGAUGGAACUUGCCUGUGUACUUUCAGAUAAGGUUUCAAGAGAUUGCAGGUGGUUUUGAAGCAACUCUACAAAGUACCCCAACGAAACAAGACCAAGAUGGUCUGGUGCUAAAAGAGACCUCCAGCUGCUGGAUCGCCCUGCAGCAGUGCUGGUCGGACGGGGUCUACAUUGAGGCCCUAGCCCACAAGUUCUGGAAGCUCUCGCUGCAGCUGCUGGCUCGAUAUUCCACUUGGUGCUGUACCAUCUGUACCCAGAAAACUGCAAAAUUAGAACCCACAAGUGUAAAUAGGACCCUAAUAGACAACAGUAUUAGCAUCUACGUGGACACGCAAACGCUCCUUCGAAGGCUACCCCAGUUCCUGCAGUCCGUCGAACCAAAACUACCUUGCCAGAACAAAGACCUACUUCGACAGACCUUGAAAACCACAGAGGAGACCCUCCAAGGCACGAGACACAAGAUAAAAGAAUCGAUAGUCAACGAAAUGUUCGAUUAUUUCAACAUUCAGUUGAAGCAAGUUAGCGAUAUACCGCGUCUGUAUAGGAAAACGAAUAGGAGCGUGCCUACGAAACCUUGCACGUAUAUAGAUGUGGUCAGCAGAGAGGUUCACCAGUUCAAUGAGAACGGCAGGAAGCGAUUAGAUAACGCGUUUAUGCAGGAGAUAUUCGAGGCGCUUUUCAAUGUUAUGACGGAGUCAUAUUACAAGUACGUAGAAGAUGUCCUCACAUCUGUUCAGAAAACAGAAGAGUCCCUAAGAAGACUGAAGCAAAUACGCGAGAAGACUGCUCAACAGAGCAGCGAUAGUUCUGGCCCCACUGAUGGGGAGAAAAUCCGCCUUCAACUUAGUGUGGAUGUAGUGUCCUACGGAGCCCUAGCGAGGGCAAUGCAGGUGGACGUCAACGCAAUGCAAAAGUAUAAAGAACUUAACUCUAUGGUCACGGAAGCUGUAAAAAGUAUAGAUAUUAAAUGAUAUGCACAUUUAUACGCUAA